AUGAUACUGGAAUGGUUAGUAAUAUUCAUAUCACGAAACCAGUUUUUUUUUUUUUUUUUCUUCUUGGUUCAAUGCUCAAUAACAAAUACAAAAGAAAACAAAACAAAAUUUCCUUACCUCAAAACACCAUUUAAACAACAACAUCAUCAUAUUGUGGACAUGUGGAAACCAACAAAGGAAACAAGCUUUAAAUCAAAAAUUUUAAGUUUUUAUGGCAACAAUUUGGAGACCUUCAAUUUUCUUAUGAAAAGUAGAGAUAAUUGGAUAGACCGUGUUCUUACUGUUAGUGAACAUAUAAUGAAAAAACAAGCGGACCAAGCAAAAAAGUUUCCCUUGAUUAGUAAUGACCAAUUAAACCUACAGGAUUUGACUUUAGAGCCAGAAACAGAUGAAUAUAUGAAAGAGAUAUUUAAGCAGGACAUAGUUCUUAAAGUAGAAGGGAAUAAUACGAGUGCAGAUGUGACGUUAUCCAGUGGAAAACCAAUUGAGUUAAAAAGUCACACCAAUAGGAAUGCCCUUGCAGUUGCAACUGGGGGUCAAAUAACCUCAAUGCAAUGGUUGCCACGAGAAGGAGAAUCUGAAGUGAGUUAUCUUGCCGUGUCCCUAUUUAAUAGCCCAGAUGGUGCAUGUGCACUUGACCCUGAGUUGAGUAUGUUUAACAAGUCCAAGAAUCGAACAAAGUCGUCGGCAAUUCAGAUAUGGAAAUAUGAUUUUGCAAAAAAUGAAUUAGUUCUUGAAAAUGUAUUGGUUGUAAGUGCACUUGGAGUGGGGAAUUUCCUUAAAUGGGCACCAAUUAACACCGAAGAAGGUGUUUUGGGAGUACUAAUGGGUGUUUUUACUGAUGGUUGUGUACAUGCUUUUAAAAUCACGGAUUCACUUCCGAAAUAUAGCACAGUAAAACAAUCGUCCUUAGAAUAUUCAAUCAAAGAUGGUAAACGAGAAACCAAGAUUACUACGUUUGACUUUGUUGGUUCAGAGAAAAUGCUUGUUGCAACAUCAGAUGGGUCUAUUGCAGAAUAUAUGCUCCCUUUCAAUUAUAAUGGAACUGAUUUGAACAUACCAAACUUCAAGACGGUCGUGAGUUGGAGUGCUAUUCAAUACCUCUUAUGUACUGACGACCAUUCAGGAAACAAAUUGUGUCUUGUUUAUACAGCAGCACAUCGAUGCAUGUCUUUUGUUUAUAACAAUUCCUUGCAAGAUGUAUAUGCGAUGAUACCAAGAAGUCAUAUACAACCAAGUUAUAAUUUUCCGAUGCAAAACUUAGUUAUAGCAAAUCAUCCAGAUCAAAGUCAAUUAUCAUCACCAAGAAUAAAUCAUUACACUGGAUCAUCGGUAGCAAGGACAGAUUUCUACUUCACAACGUGCAAAGUAUCAGAAGUACUUGGGCAUCCAUUUCUUUUAAGUGGAGGAGCCAAUGGUGAGAUUACCAUCCACAACUAUUUAAGAAAAUUCUUAAGCAGUAAAACGACUGCUGCUAAAGCAAUGCCUAUUAGACUUUGGAAGUUUGAUGCUAGAUCAGAGGGUAAAUUAGUAUUAAUAUCAGAUGUCUUUAUCGAGUCACAAGAGUCCCCAAUUCCUGCCGAGGCUACUAGAUUAGAAGGUUGUGUUACUUCCUUGGCUUGGAAUGAGAACGUAGUAGGUAGCUCAGCAUUUGCUGCUGGAAUUGCGGGUGGUGUGUUAUUAAUAGAAAGAUUAGAUCCAAAAUAUUUAUAG